UCGAGAGAAGAUUCUUCACCUGAAACCCAACCAACAAUGGCGACUCUAACCACUCCCCAACCCCCCACCACCUCCCCACGAGACGACGCCAUCCUCCUCCACAAAGCCUUCAAAGGCUUCGGCUGCGACACCCCCGCCGUCAUCAACCUCCUCGCCCACCGCGACUCCACCCAACGCGCCCUAAUCGCCCGCGAGUACAAAGCCAUGUACUCCGAGGAUCUCUCCAAACGCCUCUCCUCCGAACUCAGCGGAAACACCAAAAAAGCCCUCCUCCUCUGGCUCCCCGACCCCGCCACCCGCGACGCCACCAUCGUCCGCCAAUCCCUCGCCGCAUCCGACCUCCGCGCCGCCACCGAGGUCAUCUGCUCCCGCACCCCCUCCCAGAUCGCUCUCUUCAAGCAAGCCUACCACACGCUCUUCCGCACCCAGCUCGAACGCGACAUCGGACUCUACACCUCCGGCGACCUCGGGAACCUCCUCGGCGCUUUCGUCACCGCUCGGCGCCACGAGGGCUUUGAGUUCGACAUGUUAGCUGCGGAGAACGACGCCAAAACUCUAUUCCGGGCCGGAGAGAAGAGGCUGGGGACGGACGAGGCGAAAUUCGUGGAGAUAUUCGCCGGAAGAAGCCGCGCUCACCUGAAUGCGGUGAGCGCGGCGUACCAGAACAUGUACGGGAAUACAUUGAGGAAAGCUGUGAAGAAGGAGACGUCGGGGAACUUCGAGCACGGACUGAAGACGAUUCUGGAGUGCGCUGAUCAUCCGGGGAGGUAUUUCGCGAGGAUAUUGCACAAGGCGAUGAAGGGUAUGGGGACGGAUGAUGGUACAUUGUUGAGGGUGGUGGUGACGAGGGCGGAGAUCGAUUUGGUGUAUGUGAAGAUGGAGUAUCAGAACAAGUAUGGCAAGAGUUUGAGUGAGGCUGUCAAGUCUGAGACUUCUGGGAAUUUUAGGGCGUUUCUUCUGGCCUUGAUAGGUCAUUGAGGAGGUUGUGUAUGUGGGGUUUUCUUAGUUCUAAUGUGUAGGGGUUAAGUUUGUGUCUAGAUCGAGCUUGUUCAUGUGUGACUUUAAUUACUGAUGCACUAGUUUAAUGGCAUUACUGAUUGGCUCCAAGUUUUUUCUGAUCCAUUGGGAACUUUCACGAUCUGAAGAAACUGUUCGAAUUUUUGAAAUUUCGUCUUACAAAGAUGAAUCAAGUUUUGAAUGAUAAUGUUCCAACGGUCAU